AAUAGCCCCAUUGCAACCCACCUUUCAUUCUUUUAUAUCUACUUUGCCCUCUUUUUUCUUUAUUAAUUUAAACUAAAAUUUAAUUUGCAUGCACUUGUAAAAAAAGAAAAAGCCCGAAUGUCAUCAUCAAGCGCUUCUUACACAACUCAGAUUCGUUUUGCACGAGCACUUAGUGUUGUGCGUGCAUUACCCGAUCGUGGAGCACUCCAACCGACUGCAGCCGAAAAACUUAACCUCUAUGGUCUAUACAAACAAGCUACGCAAGGCGACUGUAACAUUUCACGACCCUCAUCAAAGCAAAUGGGUCGCUAUGCCAAGUGGAAAGCAUGGGAACGUCGUCGUGGAGUGGGUCCAGUGGAAGCUCAAAAGAUGUAUGUUAAUGCUUUGAUUGAGCUGCUGGUCGAGUUCAUCCAUCGCUAUCCGGAUCACGAACAGGCGCCUUCGCUUUCCCAGUCGCUUCACUAUAUUGAGCUGAGCGAAGACGAAUCCAACGUAGAAGAGUCCUUUGUGGACGCGUGGGAUCCAGAUGAUGCAGAAAAGGAAGAGUACUACCUCGCCCAUCUAGGACCCCAUCAACUGGAUGAACGGCAGCUGGAUCUGUCGUCGCCCGAACAACGCUACCACAACCAUCUUUUGGAUACACCCUCGCUAGCCACAUUCCCAUCCAGCACCAACAACAGCACAUUCCCUGAAACUCCCGAACUGUCUCCACAUUACUCACAACAGAAUCAAAAGUACUGGCACCGCAACAAUAGCAAAUAUGCACGACCGAUUGAUUUCCUGGCACACGGGGCCAACAGCAGUGUCACAUCCGAUACGGACACAAUGGAUCGUGAAGUAGCAGCCGCCACUGCAUCCUUGGCCUUGUCAUCGCCCAACUACCAUCCAUACACACCGGCUACCAACGGCAGUAGCACUCGCAAACAGUCUGUAGACAAGACAAACAACAGCACUGUAACACCUUCAGCAGCAGCAGCAGCAGCAAAGAGCAGUAGCAGCACAACAGCCGCCAGUAAUGAUGGCAGCAGUAACAAAAAGCAACGCGUUGGUGAUGUCUCUGAGCGAGCGCUGGAGAGUUUACAGACCGAGGUCACUGCGCUAUCGGAACAAAUUGACAGAUUAACACGGGGGAUGGUUGAGCGCGACGAACGACAGCGGCAAAUGCGCUGGUCAUGGAUGCGCCUGAUUAAAUCAAUCGCCAAGCAUACGUUGAUCAACUCUUUGGUACUGCUCCUUGUAUUCAUGGUCUUGUGGCGCAGAAAGUCACCUGUGGCGUUAGCAAUCGUAGGCUAUGUCGGUCCUCAAGCGCAAGAAAUCAUGCGCUACCUAGUACGACGCAUCGUAUUCUGGAAGGUGACCGUGUGAACUACCACUGCAUGACACAGUUACGCCUCCUCCUACCCCCUUCAUCCUUCUUUUUCUCUUUUUUCUUCAAUUCUUUGUAUACGUCCAUAUACUACUACAUAUAUUACCGCUCACCAUACCUUCCAUACCCUCUCCAUCUACUGUUUUGAUACA